AUGCCUACGCCUAUGGAUAUCGAAAACCGUGAACGGAUUUUCGAAUUACGAGAGAUCUUGAGAGAGAUCAAAAAUUAUCACACUUUAUCAGAUUCAUGGAAUCAAUUCAAUUUAUUAAGGUGUUUCAUUCACACUGUUUUCGACCAAGAACGUUUUCUAAAACUCUUUGACCCCCUAAUUGUGAGUAUCCUACUUUCACACAAUUCACAGGGAAGCAAUCGAUAUUUCAGGAUCAGGGGAAAAAAGAUCUCUGAUAGUUGUUUCCUGAAUCGGAAAGAGAGUGCUUGGGUUCUCCCAAUAACUAAAAAGUCUAGCACGCCUGAAUCUAACUGGGGUUCGCGGUGGUGGAGGAACUGGAUUGGAAAAAGGAGGGAUUCUAGCCAACUGAAAGGAUCUUCUGAUCAAUCCAGAGAUGAUUUGGAUUCCAUUAGUAAUGAGGAUUCGGAAUAUCACACAUUGAUCAAUCAACCACUAAAAGAAAGAUCGAUUCUUUUGGAUCCUUCCUUUCGUCAAACGGAAGAAAUCGAAGAAUUUCUUGGGAAUCCUAAAAAAUCGGUUCAUUCUUUUUUCUCUGAUACAUGGUCAGAACUUCAUCUGGGUUCGAAUCCUACUGAGAGGUCCACUAGAGAUCAGAAAUUGUUGAAGAAAGAACAAGAUCUUUCUUUUGUCCCUUCGAGGCGAUCGGAAAAUAAAGAACUGGUUAAUAUAUUCAAGAUAAUUCCGUAUUUACACAAUACUGUCUCAAUUCAUCCUAUUUCAUCAGAUCCGGGGUGUGAUAGGGUUCUGAAGGAUGAACCGGAUAUGGACAGUUCCAAUAAGAUUUCAUUCUUGAACAAAAAUCCACUUUUGGAUUUAUUUCAUCUAUUCCAUGACCGGAACAGGGGAGGAUACACCUUACACCACGAUUUUGAAUCAGAAGAGAGAUUUCAAGAAAUGGCAGAUCUAUUCACUCUAUCAAUAACCGAGCCGGAUCUGAUGUAUCAUAAGGGAUUUGCCUUUUCUAUUGAAUCCUAUGGAUUGGAUCAAAAAGAAUUCUUGAAUCAGGACAGGGAUGAAUCGAAAAAGAAAUCUUUAUUGGUUCUACCUCCUAUUUUUGAUUUUUAUGAAGAGAAUGAAUCUUUUUCUCGAAGGAUCAGAACAAAACGGGUCCGGAUCUCCUGCGGGAAUGAUUUGGAAGAUCCAAAACCAAAAAUGGUGGUAUUUGCUAGCAACAACAUAAUGGAGGCAGUCAAUCAAUAUAGAUUGAUCCGAAAUCUGAUUCAAAUCCAAUAUAGUACCUAUGGAUACAUAAGAAAUGUAUUGAAUCGAUUCUUUUUAAUGAAUAGAUCCGAUCGCAACCUCGAAUAUGGAAUUCAAAGGGAUGAAAUAGGAAAGGAUACUCUGAAUCAUAGAACUAUAAUGAAAUAUGCGAUCAACCAACAUUUAUCGAAUUUGAAAAAGAAGAGAUCCAUGAAUCGGGAUCCUGAUGCAUAUAGAUACAAAUGGUCCAAUGGGAGCAAGAAUUUUCAGGAACAUUUGGAACAUUUCCUUUCUGAACAGAAGAGCCGUUUUCAAAUAGUGUUCGAUCGAUUACAUCCGAAUGAUCAACUCCGCAAUCAGUUGGUAGAAAUAGGUCUUCAAGUUGUUCAUUUGAAAAAACGGCAACCGUUAUUGGAUGAUCAUGAGACUUCCCGAAAAUCGAAAUUCUUGAUCGCGGGAGGAAGACCCUUUUUGUUCAAUAAGAUACCAAAGUGGAUGAUUGACUCAUUCCAUACUAGAAAGAGUCGCAGGAAAUCCUUUGAUAACGCGGAUUCCUAUUUCUCAAUGCUAUUCCAGAAUCAAGAUAAUUGGCUGAAUCCU